GGAUCAACUCCGCGCUUUCAGGUGAUAGCACGGAUCCAAUCUUGGCUCAUUUUCUCUUAAGCAUUUGGCAGGAGAAAGUGAAGUGUCCUGAGCUUAUGGUGACUUGGAUGGUACAACCGCUUUCCACUUUCAUCUUCUGAUCGCUACUGGAUUUGCGACUGAAUUCUACAAUGAUAGGCCAUCGAGUCGUCUUAUUUGUCCUUUGCAAUUUUAUUGCAACCGUCGUGGUGGCAGAUAGAGUUGUAAUGACAAACAAUGGACCCGUCCAAGGCAUUACCGUAGCUAAAGGGGAUUUGGACAUUGAAGCAUUUCUAGGCAUACCAUAUGCUGAGCCACCUGUUGGAAGAUUAAGAUUUCUGAAGCCUGUGCCUAAAACAUCUUGGAAUGGCGUGUUUGAUGCCUCUAAAAUACCUCCAACUUGUGUCCAAAAUGUUACUUUUAACUAUUAUUUCGAGCCUAAUGUCGAAAACAUGACAGAAGAUUGCCUUUAUCUAAAUUUAUGGGUGCCGUACUUGAAAAAAUCGAGUAAACUCAAACCUGUCAUAGUAUUUAUCCACGGUGGAGCCUUUAAUGUAGGAUCCUCAAACUUGAAAGUCUAUGAUGGAACAAAACUUGCUCAAUUUGGCGAUGUCAUCGUGGCCAGUAUGAAUUACAGACUAGGAAGCUUGGGAUUUUUUACAGCUUUCAUUGAUGAGGCCAAUGGCAACGCAGGUAUUUUGGAUCAGGUGUUGGCAAUAAAAUGGAUAUGGGAGAACGCCAAAUCCUUCGGUGGAGACCCAAAUCAUGUUGUUUUGAUGGGAGAAAGCGCUGGUGCCAUGACCAUCUCUGGCCAUCUGAUAUCGCCAAUGGUGAAACAUAUGGUCAAGCGAGCCAUAAUGCAAAGCGGAGCAGCUACUUUGCCCUUUUUACUGGAUGAUAAUGCUCAACUUUAUACAGUGGCCCAGAGAUUCGCCACCUUGGCUGGUUGCGCUGAUAAGAAACUUACUAUCAAAGACGAUCCCAGUCUGGUUGUGCAAUGUCUGAAGCGUUUGCCAGCUGAAAGAUUAGCAGCUGUCGAAGGUCUCAUGAAAAGUACCAAUCCUAUAACCUUUUAUCCCCGAGUUGGUGAUGAAUUCCUACCAAUACCUACCAUUCACGAAUUGAAGGAAGGCAACUUCAAGGACGUAGAAUUACUGAUAGGUAAUAACAAAGAAGAAGGCCCGUUUUUUGUGACGGUUGCUGCCCCACAGUACUUUGGGACAUAUGGAGUGAAUGGAGCAACAGGUAUUUCCAGAAGAUUCGCCCACCAAUUGAUUCGCAUCAUGUUCGGUUAUCUCGGUCAAAAGAAAGAGAAAGAGAUUGCUGAUUUCUACAUUAAUACUGUUGAAAAUGGAACAUCAGAGACAUAUACUCCAGCAAUCGCCACGGCUCUUGGAGAUUUCUUAAUCAAUUGCGCGGAUGUGUUCCAAGCAGAAAUAUAUUCGAUGAGGAAUCCUGUUUAUUUCUACAAGUUCAGCCGUCGUGCUUCGGCGAGCUAUUUGGCGGAGUGGAUGGAUACGACUCAUUUCGACGAACUUCAAUUUGUCUUUGGAAACCCUGUUUUUGGAAAUUUCACUCCGGAAGAAGAGGAGUUCAGUCGUCAUGUCAUGGCAAGAUGGAUCGCAUUUGUGAAAACAGGUGAUCCAAAUGUGCCUGGUGCAAUUAGAUGGCCUACCUUUAAGCAGGAUGAUCCAGAAUACCUGGAGAUCGACAAAGAAGAGGCUGUUCGUCUGAGACCCGAUAACUAUCGUUGCGAAUUUUGGAGAGACAGAUAUGACGCCGAUAUUAAUGAAUCUGUUUAUGCGAAAGUGCGUAGGAGUAUUGUAGAAAGUGGCGGAUCUCAAGCAACGACUAAUAUUUUCCUCAAGUUUGCUGCUUUAUUACUCGUGUUUCUACAGAUGAUAAUUGGUGUUAUUUGAAGUGAAUCUAAGCAUUUAGAAACAUGUAAAUAUUUUGUAAUUAUAUGAACUUCGAAAUACAUUUACCUCAACAUACAUUUGAAUAUUCUUAGUUGACAAUAGCAAGUUUUAUCCGAAAUAGCAAAACUUUAUAGAAUAAUUCAAAUUAUAUUGCAAUAGUUGAGCAUUUAUUGCAAAAUGAAAUGCUUCUUUCAAAGUUAGUUAACCUUGAAUGAAUAAUAAACAGAAAGGAAAUACCCUUCUAAAGCAUUGAGACUGAACUAAUGACCUAUAGAACUAUUAUCUGUGUUCGCAAAAGAACCAGUUGAAUAAAUCAAAGUCAUCCCUUUGUUCAAGCACCACAACAGUUAAGUUUCGAUACCACUCAUCCUUUAAAUAAGAUAUCCUGUGUUUUAUUUCAUAUAAAUGCGCAAAACUCAUACAUAGGCCAAUAAGGGUCAUUUGUAUUUCCAUCAUUCUCUAUUUUCGAGAGAAAUUUUUAAAACAUAUUUCAUCGUACAUUCUUUUUUGAAGAAAAAUCUUGAUACAAAUCCCCAUCCUCAAACAUUAUGCCAAUUUUGCCAAUUUUUAUUUUAUUUGAAAGAGUAUGAUACCUAUAUAUAACAUCAAUGGCCACCUGCUAUCUUCUGAUCUACAUUUCCAGAAGAUAUUUCACAAAAAACUUCACUCCAUCUUCAACAAUUAAACCUAUUUAGCCACUUUAUAAGCAUCGCCGACUAAUUAGAAUGUUCUGUGAUUAGUAAGCAUAAUUUAAAGUAAUACUUUCUUUUGGCACGAUAAAAUGUUGUUCAUUAAAAUAUUUGGCAUAACUAAAUUAAAAAUUUAAAAUCGUUGUUAUGAUGAUUGAUGAUUUUUGGUAAUUAAUCCCUGACAUUUAGCAAUCGAUACUCGAGAAUCUAAACUGUAUUUCAGACGCUUUGUUUCCAGUCGAUUAAAACCAGAUAUUUGGUUCCAAAUUUGAAAGAUAUCUAGAAUUUAGAUGUUAAUUCUGUGUACUAAAUUUCAUUUAUAUAGCUCGCUUCAUUUUGUAAUUAUCAUGUCAAUUUAAUUUCAAGCUGCCAAAUAGACGGACUUACUCUGAAUGGAUUUCACAUAAAAUUUAAUAGAAAUUUACAAAUUUUGUGUAAAUACCAUAUAUCAGAUUUCAUCAAUCUAGCUCAAAUCAUUUUUGAAUUAUCUUUCACACAGACAGACAUAAUUUCAUGAAUGGGUUUUUUAAUACUCAAGGAGAUCUGAAACGUAAACAUUCGUCGAAAUCUCGAGUUCGAAUUUUCGACAGUUACAACACUAUAUAUGGCGUACGACAAAGUAAAAAUGAUAAAUGAGACAUUUCAAUUUUUUCCAGAAAAUCUUCUAGAAUUUUACUUCAGGAUGCUGUCUCUGAAAUUGACAAUGUAGGCCAUGGUUAUUUAAGGUCAGUGGGGCCUUCAUUUGCAUAUGCCAUAAAGAUGUUUUCUUGACGGGUAUUGAUCGAUUUGGAAGAAAAAAAGUACUUCUCUGGAUGUUUCUUAUGACCAAAGAAAUACCAGGCUUGCAUGCACAAUGAGAAUUCGAAGCAAGCAUGAAGUAAAUAUGCAUAUAAUGAACUAGCUAUUUGUCUUUUGAUAUUUUUUAACUUGAACUGUAGCUCUUCUAAACUUAAUUCCAAAUAAACUUUAUGUGUUUUUAUCAGGAAUUAAAUUAUAUAUAUAUAUAUUGUUGAUUCUUUUUGUUUUCUAUGUAUUAGAUGUAUAAUUUUAUAAUCAUCACUUUUCAGGUAUGUACGAAUUCUGUAUAACUUUGUGAGUUAUAUAUUGUACAUUUUUAAGAAGCUUUAUUUAUUAUUUUUAUGAUAGAAGGUAUGAGUUGAUUAACAACUUCUUCAUAUGUACAACCGACCACCCCUCCACCAAUGAACGCAGCAGUAUCAGCAGGAUUUAUUGUGACAGACUUCUAUCUUUAGAAAGUAAAUGAACAGAUAUUAGUUUUUCUAAUAAGCAGUCAACAUUAUUUGCAUAUUUUUUCUUUGUUUAAACAUGAUUUGUUUCUUGUGUCAAAUUAUUUAAUUAAUUGUUUUCAUUGUUUUUCUUUAUUUACUUAAAAAGUACAAUAAUAAAGAAUUUUAAAUUGCUGA